GCUGUGCGUUAUCAACUGGCUAAAUGAGGGUUGUCUUUCCCAGUUCAGGCAGCAAGGCUUCUCCACCCUUCCAGCGAGGAUCUGUAAUUUACACGACAACAACAAGGAGCCUGACGAACAUCUGCGCUGACGCCUGCGCUGGAUCCUCCUGCCGCGGCUGCCGCAGCUCCGUCGCCGAACGCCACCAGCGGCGAAGACGAUCCGACCGCCUCAAUCCGUGCCAUGUGUAGGAAGACACGUAUGUCUGAGUUGUCGCGGUGACAGCGCGGGGGGGAUGGAGCAGGUGUCAUCGAAUUCCUUCAGACGCACCGCCGGUGAUUCAGGGGAGGCUGCCGUGUAGAGAGACCUUCAUACGCAGCAGUCCGCGCGGGAGCCUCGUUUUUAUUGCAAGCGCAAAGGAUCCGCGAUCAGGUGUCGCCUUUCGUUCCGACCACAACAAUGGGGGAGCAGCCCAUCUACAGCACGCGGGCCCACGUCUUCCAGAUCGACCCCAACACCAAGAAGAACUGGCUGCCCACCAGCAAGCACGCCGUCACCGUCUCCUACUUCUACGACAGCACGCGCAACGUCUACCGCAUCAUCAGCCUGGACGGGACCAAGGCAAUAAUCAACAGCACCAUCAGUCCCAACAUGACGUUCACCAAGACCUCACAGAAGUUCGGCCAGUGGGCGGACAGUCGAGCGAACACGGUCUACGGCCUGGGCUUCUCCACGGAGCAUCACCUGGCCAAGUUUGCAGAGAAGUUUGCCGAGUACAAAGAAGCAGCACGUCUCGCAAAAGAGAAGAGUCAAGAAAAGAUGGAAAUGGCCACGUCUCCUUCUCAGGAGUCUCCUGGAGGUGAGCUCUCGUCACCUUUGACCCCCGUGACUCCGCCGAUGGAAAACAUCAACGGCACAGAUGAAAUGUGCGACACCACCCCCAACUCGGACGCGCGUCCCGAGCCGGCGCAGAACGCGCUGGCCUUCGCACACAGGGAGCAGUUUAAGCCUUGUCGGGUCUGCUCUUUCUAAUAGGGACGUCACAAGUCCCCACUACGGCGACAUUAGAACCACUCGAAACAAAAACUGUUCGGGCACAAACAUUCCGAAGGCUCGUCUUUACAAAAGCUGUUCACGAUCUGCUAACGAAUAAGUUAAAACUCCAGCGAGGAGGAAAAAAGUCAGUGCAAUAAAAUGACCGGACAUUUACACGUCACUUCCCACGGACCAGCAAAAGAUGUAAGCUUAAGUGUUUCUCAGGAAUGAGGAACUUUUUUAAUUAGUUUGUUUUGUUCAACCUGAGCAUGUUUGGUAAGGAAACAUUUCCUACUUCAGUGCAAUAAUAUCUUUUCAGAUGCAAAUUUUGGAUUUGACUUGGAUCUGUCUCCUCUAUGCAUGCACCACUACUGCUGUACAUGUUCCUGCUGUGUUUCUGUGCUUUUAACAACCGAAGGGGAUUUUUCAUAUGACUUGUGAUUGUUAGUACUGGUAUAUUGAGUAAUGUAGUGUAUUGUGUAAGAUAACGAGGUUCAGGUGUCCUGUAUAUAUGCUAAUGUGUAUAAUGGCUUGCUGAAAAGGUGUGGCUGUGAGGUCUGUCACAAAAAAGGUGUCGAUGAAGCAUUUAUAUAAGACUUAUAUAACAUGCAGUGGCUAGUGGGAGGCAGAGAAAGAGCAAGACAGACAGACACACUGAGGAAGCGUGUGUGUGUGUGUGUGUGUGUGUGUGUGUGUGUGUGUGUGUGUGUGUGUGUGUGUGUGUGUGUGUGUGUGUGUGUGUGUGUGUGUGCGUGUUUGUAUGUGUGUGUGUGUGUCAGACUGGGAGGAGAGAUAAUGGCAGAAAGAGAGGUGCAUUGUAUAAAGUCCAUAAUGACUCACUGGUACCUGAACAUCCACCGAAUGCAUGCACACUAGAAUAAAACAAGUGAACAGGAGGACGCGGACAAUGGUCAAUUGAAUAAGUGAAGUGUUUUUUUCUCUAGAAAGCAAAUGUUCUGUCCCAUCCACUGCCGCUUGUAGCCAACUGUACACACAGGUGUUUUCAUUUAUAAAAUCUCUGUAACUUCACUCAUUUACAUUAUUUCUGUGGCUGCGAUUCUUCUUAAUUAAAGAUAUCAAUCAAUUUCGUAUCAUCAUUCUUUUUUUUUUUGGUUACCCAACCAUUUGAGAGAUCCUUAGGAGCACUCGUAGAUGUUGGAUGGUCGGUGGAGGUGCAAAUGCUUAGAAAUCCCUGCCGCUGCAUGGUGAAUUGAGCUAGGUCCACAGAAAUGUGCAGUGAGAGCAGGAUGUAGCGAGGACACCCACCGCCUGCUGCAGCCCUGCUGCUGAUGUGUCUAUUAAUGCUGCGUGCGUGGGCGGCGGGGUCGCCUCUCGGCACUCGCCGCGGCGAGCGUGGACCUAACGAGCUCACGCCGGUCUCACAUUCUCUCUGAGGCAUAGGCAGAGAGGCCGGAUGCGAGGCUUAUCCACGUACCUUCUUUUUCUAACCUCUUUAUGAUUUAUUUGUCUUCGACUCAUCAGCUCACGCCCUUCGCCCUUUGUGAAAUAGCGCCACGCUCACGAGCAACAAGCAAAUAAAGUGUGUUCUGACAAUUAGUUUAACAGUGUGCAAGUGUGUUGCUUUAAAGCCGAAAGAAAGGAAGAAAUGUUUUCAUAGUGGUAUUUUUUGUGUCUCGUGCACAUUUUUAUCAAGACGCCUGAAGACACAGGCGUUUGCUGCGUUUGUCGUCUCUCUGAUGGGCUUAACGUGUCUGUCUGUAUCCGGCUGGGACUUAUCUCCGUAGCAUGAACGCCACGCCGCUGCUUGGCAGGGCUGUGUGGGCAGGUGUGUGUGGGUGCAGAGAGCAAAGCAACAAAAGGAUGAGACACAGCUGGAUGCAGGCUGGGAGGAUGGAGGCGUGCUUGGCAGGUCUGCGCCGGGCUUGUGUUGAAUGGUCUGCUUUGAGCGGGUGCUGGUGUGAAUGGUCUUGUAGUGUUGGUGGACGUGGGCGCCCAUCGAGGGCUCGUGUGGACAGAUGCAGCGCCCGCGUCGUACAUCGGGGUGCCGUGAGCGCAUUCUCUCCUCCGCUGCUGCCAUGGCAACUGCUCUGCCUCCCUGCUUCUUGAGAGGAGCUGUGAGGGGGAACGUCAGGAAAUGCCGGACGGCUGCUGAAAAGCCUUGUGUGUCGCACACAAGUUCACGCUUUGUGUUUGUCAACUUUAUUCACCCUGGACUUGAAUUGUCCUUGACAUUUUGAAAAUGCAGUGAAGCACGAAACAUGUCGCUGAUGUUUUAUUUGAGUCAUGGUGUGUUACAAGUGGUAUCCAAGCAAACAAAGAACUAAAACCAGACACCUCUAAAAACCACGUCCUGCUAUAACACGUUCUGUUGCUGUAAUGUUGUUUACAUGCUAAAACACAUGAAAGCAAACUCUUAUUUACACAAUACAGUUUUUCAGAAUAAAACUUGUAAUUUAGAGACAUGUUAAUUAAGCAAUACAAAAAAGCUGGACGGCUGCUUUAAAUAAAUCCAGCAAGUUAGCAACAUUGUGUAGCUUCUCUCACCAUCUUCAUCACCGUCAAUGAGCAGCCAACUUACCGUCCAUGUGUCUCCCACAGCUUGGGCUCUGCUCCGCUCCCCUCCGCCAGCUUUGUGCUCGGGCUGAACUCUCGCGCUCGCCUCCGUCCUCUGAUCCUCCGUCCGUCCGCCGCUCGCUCUCCGCCGGCGCUCCUCGUCCGUGCGCUUUUACCUCUUGACGUCUCUCCCGCUCCCCGAGCUGCCGUGUGGGGUUUGUGCGUGCGCCGCCUCGGUGACAGCCCCGCUCCAUGUGUGUACGUGUGCGGUGGUGUGUCGGUUGGCAUGUGUAUGUGUAGGAUGAAGCGUCUCUCUCUCUCUCUCUCUUCUCCCCCUCUCUCUCCUAUGCGUCAUGCACGCAGACACACUUGCACUCACGGAGGGGGUGGCUGUUGUGUAAGAACUGAAGGCGCCGUGGGAAACCUAAGGGAAUUAGAUCUGGGCUGUUUCACUUUCAUACGUGAGCGUGGGUGUUAAUGCAUAGUGGAGUAGUGCUGCAGUGUGCGAGCGUGUGUGUGUGUGUGUGUGUGUGUGUGUGUGUGUGUGUGUGUGUGUGUGUGUGUGUGUGUGUGUGUGUGUGUGUGUGUGUGUGU